UCACGUUCGCUGCCUAGCGUAUCGGUGCAAUCGUCGAAUUAUCCUCUCAGAUCGUCAUCGGGAUGUGCAAUGCAAUUUGAGCGUCCUUGUGCAGUGCAGUCGAGGAGGGAGAAUGUCUUCCGAUGCACCACGCAUGAGAGAGUAUGGGAGUGCCACGUGGCAGCUGUCUGCAGAUUGCCAUGGCAAAGAAGGUUGGAACGGUGUCUGGAAUUGACGAGGAGGAAAAAGAAAAAGAGGAAGAUCCUAGAGGACAUCAUACCGGCAGCGGCAGCUAUGGCGGUCGUCGUUGACCAUCGUUCUCCGCGGCCUAACCUGCAAAUGCAACGCGACAGAAGAGGAGGUAUUGUCAGUGUCCGAACUGAGCGCAGGCGCGUUCUUGUUCGUUGGCCACUUGCUUCCAUGUCUUCUUCUUCUUCCUCUUCUUCUUCAUCACCUGCUCUUCCUCCGUCAUCUCAUCCCAGUUCUACACCUUCGUUGUUGCAGACUUCUUCUUCUUCUUCUUCUUCUCCUUCUUCUUCUUCUCCUUCUUCUUCUUCUUCUUCUUCUUCUUUUUCGUCUUCUUCUUCUUUGCCAUGGAUACAUUUUGUAGGUAUAGGUGGUGUUGCACUCUCAGCGAUGGCGUUUCUAGCAUCUCGGUCGGGAUUCCACGUCAGCGGGUCAGACAGAGAAUGGAAUGAGAAGAUGACAAAAUUGCGGGAGCAAGGGGUGGUGGUCGUCGAAGGCCACGCAGCGGAGAACGUGAAGAGGAAGACAAGGGUAAUAAGCAGCAUCAGCAGCAGUCGAUCAGAGCAAGAAGUCGAGACUGAUCAAUCGGAAGAGAAGCAGCUUGAAGAAGAAGAAGAAGAAGAGCAGGGAGGUUGUGUUGAAGCGGUGGCGGCUAUGGAGGCUAUGGCAGACAUUAGUGGCCCGGAUAUCGUGGUUGCGUCGAGUGCCAUCAGACCGGGCAAUGUGGAGGUGGAGACCGCGAAGUCACUGGGGUCACUUAUCCUGUCGAGGGGGCAAUGGCUGCAACGGCUCACAGAGGGAUACGAUCUAUUAGCUGUAGCAGGCUCUCAUGGGAAGAGUACCACGUCAUCGUUGCUAGCUUAUGUGUUGCGACACCUUGGGGACGACGUGUCGGCGAUCGUCGGUGCUGAUGUGCCGCAAUUUGACAGCGAUAAUGAAAGUGUGUUGAUUGGCAAAAGCCCUCGAUUUGUCGUAGAGGCCGACGAAUACACCAAGUGCUUUCUUCGCCUUUCGCCGAAGAUGGCAAUUGUCACCAACGUGGAAUGGGAACACGUGGACAUCUAUCCAACUGUCCAGGAUGUACGGAGGGCAUUCCGGCAAUUUGCAAGAAAUGUGAGGCCCGGAGGCACGUUGAUUACCUGCGGUGAUUGCGCCGGAGGACGUUCGUUAUUGGAUGUUUACGAGCCUAAGUACCUCGAGGAGGAGGAGGAAGAGGAGGAGGCGGCAAAGGAGGAUAGGGGUGUGGAGUGGAUUGACGGGGUGAAUCUAAGCACUAGCAGCAGCAGCAGCAGCAGCAACAGCAGCGGGAGCAGCAGCAGCAUCAGGGCAAGCAAGAAUGCGUCGAAGCGUGCUGCUUGGCUGGAUGCUGUGAAGGUAAGGCAAGAGAGAAAGGUUGUUAGCUAUGGCGUUGAUGAGGGUAACGAUUGGCGCGCAGUGGGUCUCGUCCCCAAUACCCUAGGGGGUACGGAUUUUGUCGUCGUUCAUGCUGGCUUGCCCAUGGCCAGAGUUAGCUUACGCUUGCCGGGCGCGCACAACGUUCUCAAUGCGCUUGCAGUCAUUUGUGCAGUUUGCUUGACUGGAGUUGAGGAGAUGACAGCUGGCGAGCAGAUGGAGCGCAUACGUGUCAUGUCCACCAUAGCUAAAGGUGCGAGCAAAGCCAUCGGCGAGUUCCGUGGCCUCCGACGACGAUUCGAGUUCAUCGGGAAGGCGAGAGGCUGUGUCGUGUACAGCGAUUACGCACACCAUCCCACGGAGGUGAGGCUCACGCUUCAAGCUGCGCGCCAAAGAUUUGAUCGCCAACCCAUCUGGGUUAUCUUCGAAGUACACGGGUAUAGUCGGCUGUCGACGAUGCUUCUCGAUUUCGCGCCGGCCUUCAGCGCGGCAGAUCGAGUCAUUAUCACACGCAUGGAAGUCGCGCGGGAGGACGAGGAAGGCGUGACCUCCCAAGUCACGCUGCAAGAUCUUGCAGAUGUUAUCGUUGGCCCGGCUGUCGCCUACAUCCCUGAUCACGACAAGCUUAUCAGUCGACUUUGCUGGGAGAUUUCUUCUUCUCCUUCUUCUUCUUCUACUACUACUACCAAUGCGGCUUCUUCUGCAGUUCCUUCUUCUUCGUCCUCGGGUGCCUUGUCAUCAUCGUUAUCGUUAUCAUCGUCAUUAUCAUCAUCAUCAGCGGCAGCAGGAGCAUCGCCGGCAUCUGUGUCUGGAAUGGGGGGUAGAGGAGAGAUUGUGAUAUUCACAAUGGGGGCGGGAAAGGUGGAUUUAUUAGGCCCGCAAUUGCUUCAGGCGUUGAGAUCUAGUUCUACUUCUAGUUCUGCUGCUGCUGAGGUUUCUAAGGUUUCUAAUUCGAGCUCCGAAGUUUUGGAAUAGCCACCUACCAGCAGCUCGAUAGUAGUAAUAAAGAAAGGAUGGCACGGCGUGGGGGAAGACGUGUUUGGAGGGGCCACCAUCCUAAUCUUCAUUGUAUCGUUCCAAGUUUAACGGAUGUUCUGUUGGACUUUCUUUUUUUCUGAGAAAAAAAAAAAGGGUGUGUAGGUCUUGUUUUUCCUUGUUGGCCGGGUGAUUUCAUUGAUUUGAUGGAAUUGGUUGACGGAUCUAUUGAUUGGGAUCAUGGUGCACACUGAGCAUUCUCACACUAGGAAUUUUUCUACGCAGCUCUGGACGUGGUUGCGGUAAGAUUCUUUCUUCCAGCUCUGGCUGUAAUUGCAGUUAGAUGCACUCAGGCAAACCUUGGUGUCACGCUUCCUCAUAGAGCAGUCUACUCAGAAUACAGUUCAGAAGUUGAGAAGGAUUUCGGGUCCAGUGGUUCCGUAAAAAGCAUAAGCUGGCUAAUGCUGCCAGAAAUUCGACCGGGUUGAAUUGUGGGGUCCCCGGGACCAUGUCCCAUAUGCACCGUUUAGUUGAGGCAGCUCAACGGUGCGACAGCUAAAAAAAUUCAUUUUAAUUCAAUUUCAAAUGAGAAAUGCAUUUAUAAAUGGCAGGAAUACAAUUGUUCUCGUUUUUCAUUUUUCACAAUUGGAGUGGCAUACGGGCGCUUCCACAGCAGAAAAUGAAGAGUUGCCCGAAUC